GAUGUGUCAGGGCCAAUUGACCGCCAGACCGUUUCCCUUUUUCUUUUCCUUUCUUUUUUUGUCGAGUUUUCAUCUAGUUCAACAUAUUGUGCCUUACGCAACUCGAGUUCCGUAUGGCGAUAAAGUCCAUCUAUGAAUUCUUUGCUCAACUCGUGCAGUCAUUAUCAUUCCUACCAACAAUCCUCAUGGCAAACACAAAGCUCGGGAAGAAGCAACAUCAUGUUAUCUUGCUGAGAUUUUCUUGACAAGGGCGUAAAGACUAGGUGACUCCUUCCCAAGGCGUUGAUCAUUCUCCGUUGCUUGUGUCGUUGCUUGUCAGAAAUGAUCGGGGGCCGUUGUUUCCCUUCCAGCCUUCAUAUUGAGGACGGCACCCGACGUUUGGCCAAUAUCGGAGUGACACGGAGCGAGUGAGGUUAUGCGACGUGGAGAACGGAAGACGGAGUGCCGCCGGGCCAAGACGGGCAGAUCGGGCAAGCCGGUUUGCGUAUUUACCGUACUAACAGCCACGAGAAGGGAAGAAAGCAAAAGGCCCAUGGAGAUGAAGGAGCAGAUGGCGGAGGACUGCGAGUUGAUUCGUUCCCAACAGUCUGGUUCCAGGACGGAAGGAAGGACGGAAGGGAAGGGAAGGAAGGAUAGGAGAAAACCACAUCCUUCCGUGACCGCAACCGCAGGUCACGAAGUUUCCCGUUGCCAGAUAUUUCCGUGCAACACAAAGGCUGGGAUCUAUUCCCGUUACUCGUCAGGUCUUCAAAAAACUGAUCGUCUUGAAGUGGUACUCAAUGUUUGCGCCGUUUGGGAGAGACAUCUCCUCGGAGUCAGUUGUCAACCAUACAGAGGGCUCUGGAAGGGCACGGCUGCCCUCUGAAGUACCGAUGACCGAGGGUUCCGGGAGGGCAACAUAGUUCAGGGAUAUAUGGAUCUAUCUCACCUGCUCG